AUGAUGACAACGCUACGAGGUGGUUUACCAAACUUGACGCGACGAGGCUUGUCGCGACGAGGCGGUCUACCAACCUUUACGCGAGGAGGCUUUGCACUUAGACUUAGUAGAGGCUUGGCGGACUUGCGACGAGGUGGCCUGGCGAACUCGCGAAGUGGCCUGACGCGAGGAGGCUUGGCGCUCGAACUUCGUUUAUCUUGUGACCUUCUCCCCACGCAUCUUGUAGACUCGCGAUGUGGUUUAGACAAGGCGGUUUGUCGCGACAAGGCGGUCUACCAACUUGACGCGAAGAGGUUUGUCGCUAUGAGGCACCAGACUUAG